UUCGAUUCAAACAAAGUUUCAUCCCUGAAUCGUGGAAGUUUACUUGCUCCACCGAGAAGAUAUCUGUAGCAAAGUAGUCGCGUUGUUAUUUUCGUGUGUUUGGACAUUUAAGCGUUUUGUUUUAGAGGGGCUUUGGGGUCGUUACAGCUAAACGCUGUGAUCCCGUGGACGACGGUAGUUGUUCCCUCAGGCCCGGCUGGAUGUCCCGAGCUGCACGCCGAGGACGGGCCGGUACACGCGACAGGAGAGCUCGGUCCCGCCGCCUCGGUUCCGCUUGGGUCCGUAUUUAAACGGACUCUUGAGACAAAAGCCCCCCCGCUGCGGUGGAGACGAGCCUCGGGUUUACCACAGCCAACAGCACGGUCCUCUCGGUUCUUCCGGGCCACAAUGGGUGCGUGCGUGUUCGGGUUAGUGGGGCCCGCGGUGCGCUUUGUUCCGCUGCCGCUAAAUUAACCAGAACCGUCCGCGGUGAAAGAGACCCGCCAACGCGCUCAGAACAGCGGCUAUUUUCAGCGAGGGACCGGCGCGGCGUUACAUAAACCCCCCCGGUGCGUGCCGCGUGUUAUACCCGCCCCCCCCCGUAGGGUGGCCGUGAGGAGCGGACCGACUGCCUAGUGGGUUAUUCCCCCUCCUCCUCCUCCUCCUCCUCCUCCAUCCGCUUCCAGCCUGCGCGGAACAAACCGCUUUUUCUUGAAACGUAACCGAGCUGUGGUUCGGUCGUAUGCCGUAACGUUGCCAGUCGAGAGUCCAGCUUCUCCCGACAGCCGCCAUGAGGAGCACCGAGGAGGCGGAGGGCUUUGACGGCGAGGCCUCCAACACGUCCAUGAUCUCCGGGGCCAGCAGCCCGUACCAGCCCACCACCGAGCCCGUCCACGCCAGGAACGUCUUGGGGGGGAUACGGUGCGACAUGGAGUACGUCAAGUCCUACUUUGGCAUUCUGAAGGUGGUUGAAGUGGUGCUGGCCCUCAUCGGAUUCAUCUGCAUAGAGACCAUCAUGUUGUGUUCUCCCUGUGGAGGAGUGUACUUCUUUGAGUUUGUCAGCUGCAGUGCUGUCGUGGUGACCGGAGUCCUCCUCCUGAUCUUCAGCCUCAACCUGCACACCAAGGUGCCCCACAUCAAUUGGAGCCUCACGGACCUGGUUAACACGGCAGCCAGCACCUUCUUUUUCUUCUUGUCGUCUCUUGUGCUGGCCUGCAUCAACCAUAACACUGGAGCUGAAAUAGCAGCACUGAUCUUUGGCUUCCUGGUGACCGCUGUGUACGGUGUAAACACCUUCCUGGCGGUACGGAGGUGGCGCCGUGGCAACGGGUGUCCGGGGACGGCUCAGACCAGCGAAUACAUGCGAGCGCGCACGGCAUCUCGCGGAGAAAUGGAGGCGAGACCUGAGCUGGCGUGAGUGCUGCUGGACAAUCAGACUGAAGGAAAGUAUUUCAUUCAAGUGUUGAGUGGAACGGUCAUCUCCAGGUCUCCCCACGGGCUUGAGACUUCUCGUGACAACAUCUCAGCCGCGCUUUCUGCCUGCCGGCCACUGAAUGAACCUUCAUGUCAACUUGAGCUCUGAGGCUUUGUUUGUUAUCGGGCGCCUUUUCUUCAGUGACACUCCGGAGAAGUGGAGGGCUCCAGACGGACCUUAAGGUAUUCUCUGCAGAACUUUCCAUCCAUCUUUCUAAGUCAGUAUGAAGGAUCCCUUCCACGAAAAGAGGCCGACUUCACUCCAACUGCGCACUAAUGGGUGUUUCACUGUGAAAGACGUCCACUUAAAGAUGGUCAGCCUUUGUACAGUUUGCUUAUUUCCCGCUGCUGGCUGCGAGGCCCGUGGUAUUAAAUGUGACCGUGGCUUCAGGAAAGCACCGGACCGGCAACACACCGGCGACCCGCAGCACAACAGAAGCGCCAGAACUUUACUGUUCCCUUUUCCAGAGAAUGACAUUAGCCUUGUGUUUCUACCUGUGAGCAAGGCUGUAGAUACGUUCAUCUAAAGAUUCUUCAUGACUGGCUUCACAAAGGCCUUUGACGUGUGACCUUUACCCGCUGUUAAAAUCUCUCCUGCCAGCAGUUAUAAAGUAACAGAACAAGGUCAUUCUUACCUGCAAUAACACAACAAGUUCAUUCUUUGCGACACGGAUGCAUCCACUGGAUUCGACACACUUACGAGACCAAAAUAUAAAAGUACCUCAUGGCAUCUAUUCCAUCCCAGUGUGUGUGUCAACUAUCCCCAAAAUAUUCACUCUAGCGGUCCUAAAGUUUUAAUCACAAGGUCUGUUCGGGCAACAAUGAGCCGGGAGCGAUGGAGUCGUUGGUAGCUUGUUGCUUUUGCACUGAAUCCACGGCUGCAGGUAACGGGGAUGGUGACGGUGCAUCAGUGAGAUUGGGUUUGAAAUCAGUGGUGGAGACCGUUGCCUAAACAGACUGUUCCUCAGGUAUUGACCUUCUUUGAAACUUUAAAAAAGAAUUUUAAAUGAAAUCACAGGGUGCCUCGAACUGAACGCUGUUUCUUAACGCCAUCUUGUCACACAGAUAAAAAAUUACUGUAACUGAGACUUUCAUUAAGUGGAAAUGUUGUUUUUUAAAGUGUCGAUUGAAGGUAGAGAUAGUGGGAUGAAAAUGUGGUACUUUUAGCAUUAUUGUCACUGCUUUUAUUAAUGUGUGCAUAUGUAUCUACAGUAUAUUAUUACUUUAUGUAUUAUGAAAAUACUAUUAUUUUACAUUGCAGCUGCUAUAAAGCGCAUACAUGCAGCGUGCAAAACAGAUUUGAAAUUUCUUUCCGUUUGUUGGCUGUACCUGACUGACUGAUUUCUCUUUAAAAAAUCCCAUAUUUGUUUUUACAAACAAGGAUGAAAUGUAAACAAUUGUUGGUGUCUGAUAUAAUUUGAAUGCAUUGAAUUGAAUUAACACUACAGUUACACACGUGUGCGCGUCGUCUUAGUUGUCCAAGACCCCUAAAUGUAGUCAGUCUGCGGAGAGUUUGUGCGGUGUAGAAAUUGACUCUAUGACGCCACCACCUGGUUGUCAUUUGAGAUGUAUUCCUGGUGACUUCACGGCUGUACAGUAAGAGGAGUGCUAUAGUGUGCGUGUGUACAAGAGAAGGACUAGAAAUGUGUUCGAUUGUGGCUUAAAAUUAUAAUAAAAACCUUAUGGUUUCUUCAGAUGUUUCCACAUGA